AUGGCGUCCAAUCCGCCUAUUCGUGGGAACCGAGUCCCGACUAAUCCUUCUGCGUUAGCCACAAACCAAGCUUUUGCCCCAGGUGCUGCCCGUACUCAGAUGCAGCCAGCUCAAACUGGCCAGACUGUUGCUCAGCCCCAAUUUGCUUUUCAGCCUCAGAUUCCUGCUCAAGGUCAGGCCCAAGGCCAGAAUCUUGUUCACGGCCAACAGCAAAACCAAAGCCAACAGCAAAGCCAUGGCCAGUUCCAGUUCCAGGCGCAACAGCAGGCUCCCCAGUUCCAGACACGGGGUCAAUCCCAAGUCCCUUUCCAGCCUCAGGCCUUCGGACAGCCCCGACUCCAAGGACAGCAGCAGAGCUUUGGUCAGCAGCAAGGCUUCGGGCAACAGCAACAGCAGGCCCCUUAUCAGUUUGGUCAACCCCAGUUCCAGGCCCAGCAGCAAGCUCCUUUUCAGUUCCAGCCUCAAGCUCUCCAGAACCAAGUUCAAGCGCAGGCUAGCCUCGGUCAAGCCCAGUCUCAAGGACAGCAGCAAAACCCCUUUCAGUUCCGACCUCAGGUUCAGACCCAGCAGCGUCAGGUCCAACUCUCCCAACAGCAGAACCAUACCCAGAAUCAACAAGCGAAUGGUCAGCCUCAUCAGAACCAUGGCCAGCUUCAAGAUCUCACCCAGCAGCAUCAGGCCCAACUCCAGAAUCAGAGUCAACGCCAAGUCGCUGCCCAACAGCAUAAUCUGAGCCAGAGCCAGUCUCGGGGCCUGCAACAAAACCCUUUCCAGUUCCAACCUCAGGGUCAGGCCCAGCAACGUCAAGCCCAACCCCAGAACCAGAGUCUGCUCAAUGGUGCUGCGCAACAGCAAAACCAUGCUCAGCAUCAACAAGCCAAUGGUCAAUCUCAGCAGAACCUUGGUCAACAGCAACUUCAGCGUCAACUCCUGCAGCGCCAGGCCCAGUCCCAGAAUCUGGGUCAACUCCAAGGUGCUACUCAGCAGCAGAACCUUCAGGGUUUUGGCCAAUCUCAGGCUAGCUUUGGCCAAGUCCAGUCUCAGAGCCUACAGCAAAACCCUUUCCAGUUCCAACCUCAAGGCCAGAUCCUGCCGCGCCAGGUCCAACCCCAAAAUCAAGGUCAACUCCAAGGUGCUGCUGCCCAACAACAGAGCUUCAGUCAACAGCAGGAUCGUGGCCAACAUCAGGGUCUUGCUCAGCCACAGUUCCAGGCUCAACAGCAAAACCCUGGCCAACAGUUUGGCCAACAACGAGCCCCUUACCAAAUCCAGAUGUUUGGCCAACAGCAGGCUCUCCUCCAGUUCCAAGGUCAGGGUCAGCCUCAGCUUCCGCCUCCAGCUGGUUUCUUCAUACCCAACGCUCCCUUCCAGUUCGGCGCUCCUGCACCAACCCCUAUUCCUCUCUGGUUCCAGCCUCCUCAACAACAGCAGCAGCAAGUUCCUCUUCAGGGAUACGGCCAGCCGGGCGAGGAACCAGUUGGAGUCAGACAGUUCAAUCAGGGGGUGACGGAGCGUCAAGGUCGGACUCAGGACGAACUCGAUGCCCUUGGCAUCGACGGCACCGAAUUCGUGGAAAAUCUCGACGACGCAGAUAUCGAAGACGGUGAUGAGGCCGUUCAAGACGAUCAAGGCCAGGAAGACGCUGAGGAGAGUGAAGAUGAAGAUAUGCAAGAUGAGGAAAUGCAAGAUACAGGCACGCGGGAUGCGGGCACCCAAGUUGAGAACAUGCCAAACGACCAACAGCAGCAACCGCAACCGCAGCGACAGCAGCAAGUCCAAGUCGUGCGAAACGUCCCAUAUGUGAAAGACCCUCACAUGUAUGAUGCUGUCAUAUACGAGGACGCCUGGGACACCGAGAGCGACAGGGAACCUGACAUCGAGGUCGAGACUCGCAAAAUCAACGGUGCCACCAAGCAGAGAUACAAGUUCACCGAAGCCUUCCUCAAGGAGCACUUCAAUGGAAAGGACCCCUACGAAAAAGAGAAGAAGGAGAUCGUCGCCGUCCCCCCCAUGAGAAGCGGUAUGGACCUCAUCACGGCUCUCUGCAAGAACCUCGAGCUCGCCAUCGAACUGGGCAAGCAUCUCCGCGGCGAGGACAUCCUCAACCUCUACAUUGCCUGCCGCGGCUUCCGUGAGGCCUUGGAUGGCCACAUGCUCUCCUCCAUCCGCGAAUGGAUCAGAUGCAGAGCCCCCGAGGCUGGUAGGCUGUUCCCAUGGCGAAGCGUCGCAAAGUUCCUUGUUCCAGACCCGGCCAAGCGCUCCAGCUCUGGCACCGACAAGACUCCGGGAGGUGUCCGUCUUAUCCCUGGCAUGAAAUAUCUCCAGAUGAUACUCGGCCGUGACCGAUACUGCCGUCAGAUCCUCGCAGUCAUGGCUCGUAUGGGCCUUCGUGUCCCCGACACGAUGCACACCACUCUGCUGCGCAUCUGGCACCUCCUUGAAGUCGCCACCUGCACUCAGAGAUCCCAGUUGAUGGCCGAUACCAGUCUGUGGACCGAUCAGCACCUCUACAACGCCCAGUUCUUCUUCGUCAAGCUUACCAUGGCCUUUAACCACCCCUUCUUCAGACCCCACUCCCACGAGAUGCUCCAUCUGAUGAUGGGCCAGCGCGGCCUGUACCCCCUGUGGCAGUGUCUCACUCGCAAGAAGUUCAGAACCAUGUCCGAGAUCGUAGAGCUCAAGGCCCGCUACGAUAUGAACCUCCCUCCCCCGGCGUGGUUCAAUCCUAGCCGCCGCUUCAUGACCAACUUUCAUGGAGUCCCCUUCCGCGAGCUUGGCGUGGGUCACUGCGAGGGCUGGGGAGCAGGCACUCGCCAUCUGCUUCGCCCAGAUGAGUUGGUCGUUACUGAAUCCAUCAACCGUUCGCUUGAUCUUGACAAGCACUUGAACCACAUGCUCGUCUGGGGCUACAUCAACUUCAAGACCGGAGAGAACCUUGUCCCCACCGAGGAGGAGAUGUACAUCUCUGACGAGGAAGAGGUCCUCGAAGACGUCGACACCACGUGCUGGUGGCAGAAGAGGCACGCCCUAAAGAAGCGAUGGACAGAGUUGACUCCUGAGCAGCGGCAAGAGAUCGAGGAGGACGAAGAGGACGAACGCCUGCGCGCCAUGGCCUGGUCUGCGCAAUACGACCCAGAUGAGAAGAACGAUCGUCAUGCAAGUAAAUGGGACUCUGAGAGCGAAGACGAGUCCGAUCAAGAGUACGACCCCAACGUCGAGAUCAACCGCGGCUACCGCAUGCAGGCCCUUCCCAAGGACCAACCCUCGCAGGUCCCCGCCCUCGACGACAAAGAAGCCUGGCGUGAUCUCUGCACCGACUUCCUCAUGACGACGCAGGUCGAGGUGAACGAUGACGAAGUCGCCAAGGCCACCGCGUGGCUCAAGUUCUCCAAGGCCAACAUGGCCACCCCCUUCGACCAGGACCGCUACGACAUGGGAGAUCCCUUUAUGCGGAGCCGUGUCGACUGGGUGCCGCCUCGCUCUCCUCUCAGAGGGGCGCCAUCUGAAGAUGAAGAGGAUGGCGAUGACGAAAUGGAGGAGGAUGAUGAGGAAGAAGGUGAAGAAGAAGGUGAAGAUGAGGACGGUUACGAUGAGGAUGACGAGGAUGACGAAGAGGACUAUUAUGAUGAGGAUGAUGAGAUGCAGGAAUGA